UUUUACCUUUAAUAACGUUUGGUUGAUACUCGUUCAAAUAUCCCGCUCAUUUGAUUUGGUUCGAUACGAAACCAUCUGUCAAAUUGUCGUAAGUCAAAAGAAUGUUAUAGUGUACACUUUCACGAAUUCAGGAGUAAAUGCUAAAAGAAACUAACAAACCGAAAGUUCAAAAACCACGAACGGAGUUACCUGUCAUUUUAAUAUGCAAUUUAUGAAAAAUAGUGUACACUUUUAUUACACCGAGCAUUAAUACUAAGAAACAAACCAACCAUAAGUUCAGAAACAAUGAACAAAGCCAACUGUCAUAGUUGUAAUUUUUUUAAAGUGUACACUGUGCUUUAAUGCCAAAAAACAGACCAACCGUGAAUUUAAUAACGAGAAACAAAGUUAUCUGUAAUUUAUUAAAGACAAAGUGUAUUUUGAGCAAAAAUACUAAGAGAAACUAACAAUCCGAUAGUCCAAGAAAAAAGUCAUAUGCCAAUGGGUAGUUUAUAAAAGUCCAAGUGUACACAAGGAAGAGUGUAGACCUUAGAACAUAAAAUAGUAAUAAAGGAUUCUUACGCCGAGGACAGUUAACCGGCUUAAAACUAUUUCUAUAAAAUGAAAUUAAUAUUUUAAAUAACUCAAUUACUCUAUGUUCUAAGAUAUAGACCGGACUCUUGAAGAUCAAGGACUACGAACGAAGUUAUUUGUCAUUCUAAAUAUAUAGUUUAUGAAAAGUACACUUCAUUACACGGAGCAUCGAUACUAAGCGAAAUGAACAGUCCGUGAUUUCAGUGAAUCAGUAGUUUUAUGAAGACAAAGUGUACACUUAUAUCGAGCACACUAGUGAAACGAACAAGCCAUGAGUUCCGAAAAAGUGAACAGAAUCAUUAUGAGAAAUUUACGAAAAGUGUACUCCUGUCUCUAAAGACGACGAACGGUAUUAUUUGUUAUUCUAUUCGUAGCAUUAAUACUAAAAAAACUAACAAUCUAUGAAUUUUGAAACAAUGAACAAAGUCAUCUGUCAAUAUAAUCGGUAGUUCAUGGGAGGGAAAGUGUACUGAUAUUAGAAAAAAAAGAAAAUACAGAGGAUUGUAGAAAUGGGAAAAAUCUGUUUAACUACAUAAAUUAGAGCAUCAUGAAACCAAAGUUUUAUCCAUUUAUUGUCUUAUUUCUUUUAUUUUGUCAAAUUUCUUUAUCGCAUUUGGAUUUGAUUAAUUUAAAUAUAACAAAUACAGUUGCUGUCAACUAUAUUGUAUCAAAUAACGUUGAAUCUGUUAUGAAGAACGAAUCUAGUGACAUUAUUUCAGUGGAUAGAGAAGAUUAUAUGAAUAAGAGUACAAAUAUAACUUUUGAAGCAUACUUAGAAUACAUUCAGCCUCGGGUAUGGACUUGGGUGUUGGUUGCUUUCCAUUCGAUCGUCUUCGUCGUGGGGCUGAUAGGAAAUUGCUUGGUGUGCGUAGCUGUUUACAGAAAUCACAGUAUGAGGACCGUCACAAACUACUUCAUAGUCAACUUGGCACUAGCUGAUUUCAUGGUGAUUUUAUUCUGUUUACCUCCCUCAGUUAUCUGGGACGUGACUAGCACCUGGUGGUUCGGAACGGCGUUAUGCAAAAUCGUACUUUACAUGCAGAGCCUAUCGGUGACCGUGUCUGUAUUAACAUUAACUUUCAUAUCGAUCGAUCGGUGGUACGCUAUUUGUCACCCGUUAAAAUUCAAAUCUACAACGGGUAGAGCCAAAACAGCCAUCGGAAUUAUUUGGAUAAUAGCAAUGGCGUGCGAACUACCCGAACCGCUCUACUUGACAGCUGUACCGUAUCACGAAACGUACUUAUAUUUAACACAAUGCGAACCAACAUGGUCGACGGAAACGGAUCUGGUAUUCUUUUUGAUUAAAAUGAUAUUUUUUUAUUUUAUUCCUUUGGUGUUUAUGUCGGUAGCUUAUUUACACAUAAUAAGGGUGCUUUGGAAAUCUGGAAAAGUACCGUAUCAACAAAGAGUUGCAGAAUUCACUGGUACUAGAUUCAAUAACAGUACGGGUCAAUUAAAUACGUUCGCCAUGAAUAUGAACACUAGCACGGAGGGACAAAUACGAUCGAGAAAAAAAGCUGCAAAAAUGUUGGUGGCUGUCGUUGCAAUGUUUGCAAUUUGCUUUUUUCCAGUGUAUUUGUUAUCAAUUCUCAGGAUGACAGUGCAAUUGAGUAACAGCGAUCCGAACAAAGCAUUUUCUUUGAUAUCUCAUUGGUUGUGUUACGCCAAUAGUGCAAUUAACCCUAUAAUUUAUAAUUUCAUGAGCGGGAAAUUUCGUAAAGAAUUCCGUAGGGCAUUCGAUACAUGUUUUCGUAAAAACGAUGGAGGUCGAUUUUAUCAACAAUCCGGAGGUACCCUGUAUAAUAAAGAUUCGGGUUUAGUUUCCAGAACUUAUUCUAAAAACGACUGCGAACUACGAAAACUCAAUACAAUUAAAGAUGGCGAUGAUGCGAAGCUUGUUAGAAAAAAUACGAAGUCCAGCAUAUUACAAAUGGACAUUUGAAUCAUUUUAGACGAAAUUUCGAUGUAAUUUGUUUUAAUUUUUAUUAUUUAUUAAAUAAAACAUGUUUAUUUAUACAGUAUGAUUAAAGAUAAACACAAA